GUUGGAUUCAAACUGUUGUAACGCAUACACCUCAACUGUAACGAUCCGUUUACUCUUUAAACUUGCGCAGUAAUCGUCUGUAGGUUUUUGAGCUAACAAGUCUUACACUUCUGUUCCCUGAUUGCACUUACCAAAUAAAAAUGAACCGAAAAAGUGAUUCGUGUUUAGCAGAUCGUAAAUGUUUUGAAACUCGUGGCUCCGAAAGCAGAAAGGUGCGCAAACCUUUAAUGGAAAAGAAGCGUCGAGCACGCAUCAACCAGAGCCUAAAUGAUUUGAAAGAUCUUCUCAUGGAAACGGACAGCGUAAAAAAAGAGGGUUCCCGACCGGCUAAACUGGAGAAGGCCGACGUUUUAGAACUAACUGUAAACUACGUCCAGAAGCUCCAUAAGGAACGACGAAAUAACUUGCGGGACAAUUCAAAUGAUGGAAGCACUAGCUGCCCGAUUCCUAAUAGUUUUUCGCCAAGAUCUAAUCAAUCGUCAAGGUUUAAAGAUGGGUUCAUCGAGUGCGCUCGCAUCGUUCGAGAAGUUUUACACAAUCAACCCCAGCAAACAAUGGAAGGAGACCUGCAAAAAAGAGUCGGCCAAUAUCUUGACCGGUGCUUAACUAAUUUAGUUCCCGAAUUGCUGACCAACCGAAAAUCGCCUUCACCUUCUCUCGGAAGCGACUCAUGCACAUCGUUUGAAGAAAAAGACAUGGAGCCUUCCGAAUUUGUCAUGGACAGCUCUUCACCUGCAAACCGUAUUUGUUCAUCAUCGUCAACAUCGGAGGAAAGUCGGUACUCGUGCUCUCGACGGUCAUUUUCAAACGAAAUCAACAGCUUUGAUUUAACAUCAACGCCGAAUUCUUCACCGAGCAAUGCGCUCAACGUGAUACCGUCUCGCUGGACUUGCGGUUUCAAGUCCGUUCCCUCCUUCGGAUCUCCUGAUUUGUCAGCUGAGAACUUGAAUCAAGGCAACAAGUGGGAAAAUCAUCAGGUGGUCCCUUCUUCAAUGUCAUGCGAGAGAAAAUGGAAGACGAGCGAUGCGAAUAUCUUGGAACUUUUUGCAUGUGGUGUCCCAUCAACCAGCGCUUUUCCAUCGGAUUCUUCUUCCAGCUCUUUGACUUCCAACCAACACUACCAACAUUCACCCGAAGUUAUUUAUCGACAUCAAAUCAGCCUGUAUGACGAUCAUAUUUCAUCACCUUCCUUGAAAUCGGAUGCGGAUCAUAUGAAAGUAUGGAGACCUUGGUAAAACUACGUGAUAAUGGUGUCUUGAUUUGAUUUUGAUUCAAUUGUAUGUUUACUUUCUUACCGAAAAGAAAAUAACUCAUAAUCGUGAUUCGUGAAUUGUACAUAAAUGAGGAUAAUAAAUAAUAUGCCAUGUUA